AUGGCUACUUGCAAAAAAUCAAAAGAAUGGACCUAUUUUAAGCUAUCCAUGACAACUUUGGAUAGUGAAACAGACGAUGAGAACGUAUUUGAUGAAAUGACUUGGAGACAAUGGUUAAAGAGUGCCUUGAAACGUACACAUGGCAUAUUUGGCGAAGGGAUUGAAUACUAUAUUAUGAAACAUGAUGAGAAGGUUCUUUAUGUCAAGGUAUUUUAUAAGGAUAAAGACAUUCUAUCGCAAGCAAUUUCAACAUACAUAUCGAGUGAGGAGUUAGUAGGAAAACCUUUGAUCGUAUCUAUUGACCUUGAGACGAGUAAUAUUGAUGACCUAUCUAGUAGUGCGGAUGAUACACUUUGGUUAAAUAGAUUGAAAGGAGAUAUAGAAAAUGAUAGUGAAUGUACCAGGGUAUAG